AUGGAGAAGAAGGUAAGGGUAAAGAAGAAAGCAUGGAUGGGGAAGAAGUUUGGGAUGGAGAAGAAGUUUGGGAUGGAGGAGAAGUUUGGAAUGGAGGAGAAGAAUCGAAGUAUGGAGAAGAAAUUAAGGAAGAAGAAGUUUAGGAAGGAGACGAAGUCAAGGAAGAAGAAGUUUUGGAUGGAGAAGAAGUUAAGGAUAAAGAAGAAAGUAUGGAUGGGGAAGAAGUUUGGGAUGGAGAAGAAGUUUGGAAUGGAGAAGAAUCUACUAAGUGUGGAGAAGAAAUUAAGGAAGAAGAAGUUAAGGAAGGAGAAGAACUUUCGGAUGGGAUGGGAUAGGAUAGGACAUUAUAUAGAGGAUGGAGAAGAAGUUAGGGAAGGAGAAAAAGUGAAGAAUGAAGAACAAUUUAGGGAAGGAGAAGAAGUUAAGGAUGUUGAACAAGUUAGGGAAGGAGAAGAAGAAGUUAAGGAUGGAGAAGUAGUUUGGGAUGGGGAAGAAGUGAAGAAAGGAGAAGAAGUUAAGGAAGAAGAAGAAGAAGUUUUGGAUGGAGAAGAAGUUAAGGGUAAAGAAGAAAGUAUGGAUGGGGAAGAAGUUUGGGAUGGAGAAGAAGUUAAGGAUGGAGAAGAAGUUUGGGAUGGAGGAGAAGUUUGGAAUGGAGGAGAAGAACCGAAGUAUGGAGAAGAAGUUAAGGAAGAAGAAGUUUAG